AUGUCGUUAACAUCGAAUGGAUCAUCUAAAAAUACGAAAAAAAGAAAAUUACGAUUAAUGUGUUUAGAUUUAACAAGUGAAAUUCCAGAUUGGGAUAAUGAAGAAAAUCAUCGAAAGAAAUAUGAAUUAUCAGAUAUAAAAGAUCAUUGUCAAAUUGAAAUCAACAAUGAAAUCAUUUCAUUUCAUCCAAAUGAUUUAAAUUAUUUAGACAAAUUAGGCGAAGGUACAUUUGGUUUUGUUUAUUUAGUUCAAAUUGCAAAUCAUUCAAAUUAUCAAUUUGCUUGUAAAAAAAUAAAUCUCGAAUAUGAUGGUUAUGAAUAUUUUACAUCUCAAAGUGAUUUAAAAGCAAUGAAAUUAGUUGGUAAAGAUGAUAAUUCAUAUAUUGUGAAAUAUUAUGGUGCAUUAAUUGAUGAUGGACAAUUAAUUCUUUUAAUGGAAUAUCUUCCAACAAGUUUAGAUUUAUUUUAUCCAAUUCUUCAUCACAAAUUUCCUCCAACACAAUUUCAAUUAAAUCAAUUUAUCAAAAGAUUAACAAAACAUAUUGUUUCAGCAUUGAAUUAUUUAAAAUCGAAAAGUUUAAUUCAUCGUGAUGUGAAACCACAAAAUAUUUUAAUAUCAUCAAAAUCAAUUUUUAAAUUAUGUGAUUUUGGAAUUUGUGGAGUUUUAAACGAUUCCAUUUCUUCAACACAUCUUGGAUCAAUUCGAUAUUUACCUCCUGAACGUCUUGGUAGUAAUUGUCCAUAUGGAACUCGAUCAGAUAUGUGGGCAUUAGGAAUGACUCUCUUGGAAACAAGUCAAGGUUAUCCUUCUUUAUCAUCUGAACCAAUUCUUUCAUUUAUGUCUUUAAUUAAAAAUGGUUGGCAACCAGAUAUUCCUUUGAUUUUAAACGAACAAUUGAGAGAUUUGAUUUCUCGUUUACUUCGUCAUGAUAAGAAAAUGCAAGUGAAGAUGAAUUGA